AUUGGACCUUUCUCCCAUCCUUCUAUGAUUCCCAUGACCACAGACUGGUCCACUUUGUGAAACUCUGGAAGUAUACACAACACCCUUUUUCCAGUCAAAAAUCUCUCUCCCCCCUCCUCUAUAUCUUCCUCUCCUUUCCAACUUCCUCACUUACAAGGCCAUUUCCUUGGUGGGCAAGCUUCUUCAGUACUCCUCUUUCUCCAACCUUAUAUCUCCCCCUUCUCUUUUCAUUGUCACAUCCCAACUCCUCAAAUCUCACUCUAUUCAAACUGCUUCCAUUUCUUACAAUUGCUAACACCUUUCAGGCAAUGAUACCAGCUCUUCCUGGACUUGAAUUAGAGCUUUUCAUUGACAUGAUUUAGGAUUGGGACGAGAUCCUUUUUUCGGCUUUCUUUGCUGUUUUUGGGAGGGGUUCUCUUGUUUCUUUGGUAGUACUAAAUGGAAAUGGCCAGGGAGUGGGAGCACAACACCCUAAUCAAUGAGCUAACUCAAGGGAGAGAGAUGGCAAACCAGCUCAAAAACCAUCUCACUCCAUCAUCAUCCCGCGAAACGCGAGAGUUCUUAGUCGAGAAGAUACUUUCUUCCUAUGAAAAAGCGCUUUCAAUGCUGAAAUGUGGUGGUUUUGUGAGCGAAUUGCCUCAUUCCCUUCCCGGAAGUAGCCCAAGGAGCGAAGGGUCCAACCAAGAUUUCAAGGACCAAGCAGGCAAAGAUGUCUUCAAGAAGAGAAAAACAUUGCCUAGGUGGACCGAGCAAGUGCGCGUCACCAUCGGAACAGUGCCAGAAGGCCCUCUUGACGAUGGGUACAGCUGGAGAAAAUAUGGACAGAAAGACAUCUUGGGAGCCAAUUUUCCAAGGGGAUACUUCAGAUGUACUCAUAGGCAUGCGCAGGGCUGUUUGGCAACCAAACAAGUUCAAAGAUCAGAUGAAGACCCCUCAAUCUAUGAGGUAACAUACCGAGGAAGGCAUACUUGUAUUCAAGGCUCUCGUGUAGCGCCGGCCUCGGUCGUGCUAGUGGACAAAGAAGAGCCCAUUGAGAAGAAAGUCAGUUACGAGCCGGAGCAGCAGCAGCAGCAGCCGCAGGAGGCUGAACAAAUAGUGUCGGGCUUUGGGACAGGCCUUAAGGUUAAGACUGAGGACUUGGACAGUAGGGAGAAGAUAUUCCCAUCAUUCUCCUUCCCUUUGUCAGAUUCGGAAACCGUGGACAAAAUUUUUGCUGAAUCCAUGAUUGAAAACAGCUUGAUGGGCGGUUUUUCCCCGUCGUUUUUGUCUCCGGCCACAUCUGAAUCCAACUAUUUUCCGGUGUCGCCAUGCCAGAUGAACAGCUUUGGAAUGGGGCACAGUGUGUACACUACAGAAUCAGACCUGACGGAGAACAUCUCAGCCCCAACUUCAGUCACCAAUUCGCCUAUUGGGGACUACAGUUUCCCGCUGGAUCCUGUGGAUUUUGAUCCAGAUUUUCCAUUUGAUAAUCCUGAAUUCUUCCAAUGAACCCCAAAAAAAGGAAAAAGAAAAAGAAAAAAUUCCUAGUUUUUAGUCCAUUUGUGUAUUGAUCCAGAGCAGUUGUAGAUCCAGGACAGCAUUCCAAGUGAGACGGAACCCAUAAAGAUGGUACUUCAAAGUCUCCCAUGGUGCUGUCCUAGAGAAUUUUCCUUCUCUAUAGAUUCCUUCUUGAAUA